GGCAUGUGAGAUUGUGUUCUAGAGCAACAAGAGGGAUGUUUAGGAUUUAUUAUUCUCAGGAGCCUAAACUUCACGCUUGGCUAACUGAAUGCAAUAUUGAGUUUGAAUGCCCUGAUGACAUGUGUUUCUUGCCCAGCCCUACAUUGGAAGCUCUUAUAAGCCAUAAGAGAAGUUCAUUAAUUAUGUGUUGGCUUAAAUAUAACACAGGUUUAAGCCCUUUUUCGGCGGUUUCUUAUUGUGCUCAGAUAUCUGAUCAUCUAAUGAAGACAGAUGAACCUAGAUUUAUGAUUAAACUUGCCCAUUUUCUUUAUCACGCGCAUUGCAAAAAGUUCAUAAUGGAGUCAAUGCUUUAUGGUUUAUGUACAAGAAUGCCUGUCAUUGAUGGAUCCAAUUGCAUCAGAAGGCAAAAGAACGUGACUCUUGUCUCUGCACCAGGGAGCAAAUGGAAGAUAUUGUUUGGACCAAGUAAUCCAUUCUCAGAAAAUAAUUAUGUUGAUAUAGGGAAGGUGUAUGCUGAAGGUGGUCAGUUUGCUGGAGAAUGUACUCCCAAGGGAGUGAUCCUUAGCUUUCUUAGCACAUAUACUAGAGCUGUGGACUUACCAGAAUUACACCCUCCAAAUGUUGUGUUGAAAGUGGCAUCAUCAAAAUUGACAAGUGAACAAGGGUUUUUACUACUUGACUGGAUCCGGUUUCUGAGAACCAAGGGUUCAAAUAUACCAGCAAAGUUUAUUGAAAGCAUUCGAGAUGGAAGGUGGAUGAAAACAUACUCGGGAUUUAAUUCGCCAAAUCGAUGCAUUCUUCCUGAUGAAGCCGGAAAAACUAUUUUUGGGAUGAUGAGGACUGUUGUUGAGAGAUUUUCUAUUCUAGACCAGGACUUCUAUAUGAACCGGAUUACCCUGUAUGCAGAUGAGCUGAAAUUUCUUGGUGUGAGAUUUGGGUCGGAUGGUGUGCAAAAACUUCUUGUUGAUCGCUUUAAGUCCCUUGCUGCUUCUGGAAUGAGUAAAGAGUGUGCAUUUUCCUUGCUGAUGUUUAUCCGUAUCUUAAAGGGAAAAAAUAUGCUGGAUGAGGCAUGGCUGGGAGUAAUGAGGGAGGGCAAAUGGCUGAAAACUUUCAAUGGCUAUAAUGCUCCAAGGGGAUCUGUUUUCCUGCAAUCUGAAAUAGAGGCUAAUGCUAUUUUGACUAUUACAAGCCUCCCCCUUGUUGAUACUGGGUUUUAUGGUUGUAAUCUUAGUUCUUUCUCAUCUGAACUAACGUUACUUGGAGUUGUGUUGGGUAUGAAGGUUUAUGAAUUGGUUGAGGAGAGUUUGAACUUUCCUGCUGACUUGUCAUCCCUGACUUGGGACAGUGGUUUCUUGAUACUUAAAUGCAUCAGAUACUUGGGGUCUGCUACAAGUUCCUUGGUUGAAAAGACCAGGAAUCAACGAUGGUUAAAAACCAGUUGUGGAUUCAAACGUCCCUUGGAAUCUGUUCUUGUUAACCCAAAAUUCAUGCGUUUGUUGGAUGCUUUUGAGGUUCCCAUAAUCGAUGAAGCCUUUUAUGGAAAUACAAUCAGGUCUUUCGCAGCCGAAUUGAAGGCAAUUGGGGUGGCUGAUGAUCUUAGCAGUGCAUUAAAGCUGAUAGUCACUCAAUUUAAGUCAUUCUUAUCUUCUUCCAGCCUGACUCCUGUCAAAGUGAUUUCACUACUAGAAUGCAUCAGAGAAAUAAAUGAAAAUGUGUCUUCACAGUUGCAGGAACUCCAUCAAUGCUUGUUGGGGGAGAAGUGGUUAAGGACUCGUAAUGGUUACAGGACCCCCAGUGAAUCAAUACUAUUCAGCUCUAAAUGGGGAACCAUAUCUUUAUUUGUUGAUCUGCCUCUCAUUGAUGAUUCCUUUUAUGGUAUUGUCAUAUAUGGCUUUGAGGAUGAGCUAAAGAUGCUGGGGGUCAUAACUGGAUUUGAAGGAGGAGCUCCAUUUGUAGCCAGAGGUCUAACCCGGCCAAUUGAACCUCGAUUUGUGACUGACUUGGGUACAAUUGCAUUGCUAGAAUGUAUCAAGUAUCUAAUGUCAAAGUCUAAUGACCAGCCCUUACUUGAUAAUUUUUUUAGCAAUUUAAUGAGAAGCAAGUGGUUGAAAACUAGGAAAGGUUACAAAAAACCUGAGGAAUGUAUCCUGUUUGAUCCAACCUGGGAAGUUAUUCUGGAGGAGACUGAUGCCCCAAUGAUUGAGCAUGCAUUUUACAAAUCUGAAAUAUUUAUGUACAAGAAUCAGUUGAGGGCCAUUGGAGUUAAGGUGGAUCCUGGGGAUGUAUGCUCUCUUCUGUCAAGGUAUCUUAUGUCACUUACAGAGACUUCUUCAAUUACAAGGGUAUACAAUUUCCUCCACAUGUUCAAUUGGAAGCCAGAAUUGCCUGAUAAAGACUAUCAGGUAUGGGUUAUUAACCACAAUGGUAACAGUGGAGGAGAAUGGGUGAAUUCUCAGCUUUGCAUACUUCAUGACAAGGACAAUGUAUUUAAUUCCCACUUGUAUGCACUUGACAAGUGUUACCAGAAGGAAUUGUUGCCCUUUUUCUCUUCAGCAUUUGCAGUUGCUGAAUUUCCUUCGAUUGACGAUUACAUGUGGCUCUGGGACAGCUUGGUCAUGAGAGUUAAUAGUCAAGUGACUGCCAAAGAAUGCUGCUCUUUUUGGGACUACAUUUUGAAGAACUGGAGUCCGCACACAGAGGAUUUCCUGAAGAAGAGGUUAACCAAAGUGCCCGCCACCACAUCUACAAGUGAGAGAAUCCAUCUAGUGAGCAAGGAACUGGUGUUUAUCCCUGAUGACUUGCAAUUGAAACAUUUUUUUUCUAGUAUAGAUGGAAUUCCACUCUUUGUAUGGUUGCCCAAGUGCAAGAGCUUUUCUACUGUUCAUCCAAUGAGAUUGUUUGAGAUUUAUGAGUCUCUUGGAGUAAGAAAGAUAUCUGGUUCUGUUGAGUGCCAUGCGAGUAUUUCACAUUCUUUGGAUCAAUAUAAGAUGGAUCCGAGAAAUGGAUUGAUAGGAAGAGGUCUCGUCAGAAUUGUAUUGGGGUUUAUUGCUGGUCCUAGGGUGAGCAUGCCAGUGGAAGAGAGACAUAAAGUUGCAAAACUACUGCUUGACCUCUCAGUAUUUGAAAGCCGUGAACCAAUUCUAGUCAGUUAUCAAUUGCUAUUGACUGCAGACAAAACAUUGGAAGUAGAAGCAAGGAAGCUGGUUUUUUGGGACAAGAAUUCUUGUAGGCUGCUGAUUGAUAAAUCAGGUUAUGAAGAUCGAAAAUCAAAUAUUAAAUUUGUGAGUUGUUUUGCACGUGAAAUUGCUGAAGGACUAUUGGCAUGUGAAAAAGCUGAUGCAAUCGAAAACCUGAGUAAGAUAAUCCAAAUAGGUUUUAUGUUUGAGUUUAAGGAGGAAUCCAUGGUUACCUUGCUUACAAGUGAGAAUUUGGAGCUCUUUGCGGAGGAUGAGAAGUUCCUUGAUGCUGCAUGCCUCUUGUCAAAACAGUCUCCAGUGAUAAGAUCUCUUCCCGUCACGCCUCCAAUAGAUGACAACUCACAACUGUUGACGCAACCAAACCUCAAGGAGAGCCGUUGGAGAAAAGUUCCAAACUAUCCAGAUCCUCCGAAGUUCAGUUCUUCUCUUUAUCCAAAGCGCAGGUCUCAACAGCUGGAGUUAUUAAGCCCACCUACGCCAGAAUUUUCCCAGAAGAAGCCCCGACAAUGAUGGAGUUCCUUCCAGUUUUUGUUGUCUACUAGCCGUAGCUAUUGAUAGUUUUUUGUGCACAUCAAGAUUAUGUCCAAACUAAGCUCCUCGGGUGAUGGGUGAUGGAAAAAAUGGAAAUGUUGGAGCGGAAAUGGUGGAUAAAAGGAGAAGAUUGAAAUCCAUGAAAGUGAAGAACUAUGGAGAGUUCAGACCGUUUGAAUCUUCAUCACUAUAUUUGCAUUUCCAUCCUUUUGUAUCUUCACAGGGCUAUUUUGUGAACCUUCAAGGUCGUGGUUUUAAAGGGGAUAUGGUUACUGUGCAAAAAUGGGAAAUGGGUGUUUCCCGGGUGAAUGGGUUAUGGGUAUGGGGUAGGAUUAUGAAUUUGGGUGGGUAUUUGUUUUUUGAGUAGUCAAUGAAAAUGUGCUGAAUA